AUGGUGCUGGCUCUUCUGCCUCUUCUGCUUCCUACCAUCUCCAAAGCACAAGAAACUGACCGCACAUGUUACAAUUCUGUCUGGCUCCAUCGUGGCGAGACUAUUCUGCCGUCCACGGAUCUCUUCUGCGUGGUCCGCUCGAACGAUGCGAGUAGCUUUGAUGAUGUGCCCAUUAUUCAAAGCGAGGACGAAUGGUCGGAUUUUUUGGUGGAAAAUCCUUAUUUGCAAACUGAACAGAUAGAGGACUCACCUCCCUUGCUGCUUAUAAAAAAGGAUAACAGAAUUGAAGAUUUUUUACUCCCUGCCUCCUUUAGCAGUUCCUCGUGCACGGGAACUCAACAAGUAGUGAUCGGAUUCUCGCACGUAGUCUCUUGUUCGCCGGUAUUCUACCCAUUCAAUGAAACGGAGUGUUUAUCGAAUGAAUUUUUAUCAGCACAAAAACUUUUUGAGCCUACCAUUGUGUCUUAUGUCAAGAACAUCAGCAUGGAGACCAGUUUUCGCUCUAAUGCAAGCAUUUUACCUGUGCAAUGGAACCAAAAUCAAUGCCAGAAUGUCAUACAAGAGGUUACAGUAGAAAUUGCUAUGAAUGAUACUCAUGUUGCUGAAGCGAUAGUGAAGUCUAUCAAAUACGCAACUCUAACUGCCUCAAAUUACUCUUCGUUCAAGCAGACGUUCAAAAUGAACUUUCGAAAUGUGCUGGAUCCACCGCAGAAUGUUCAGCAAUUGGGUUACAUGCAGGGACAAGAGAUUAUCGCAUUCAAAGGUAAUAGCGAGUCUCUACCUUUUUCGUUACCGAAAUCAGGAGAGUGCAGAGCUGAGAACGGAACACCGAUCAAGUUUCUUGUCAACGCUACGACUGCCUGCACAUUUAGGGUGACAAGAUGUGAUGAAGCUAAGCAGGCAAUACAGCGGAUGAUUGAAGCAUUCAUUCCCGCACGACUUCGCAGUUCCGCGGACGGAUCUUCAACUAACAACACAAAUGCACUCGUACUUGUAAGAAACGGGACGGAGGCUUCGACUAAUUCCGAAUGCGUGCUCAAUACAGGAUAUGUUAUUUCUGUACUGUAUGCAAAACAGGGAGCAACCAACAAUGCUACUCAAGUCAUUGUUUCUGCAACCUGUGACGUGGAAAGUGAAAAGGUUACGUUAGCGCUAGCUGCUGAGACCACGAUAAUCCUUCGCUAUGCUGUGCAUUUCAAGGAUGUGACUCCUCGUAAGUUUCACAAAUUCAUAUAA